CGUACCCACACAUACAAUGCUCGCUAUCGCCAUCGCCCUCCCCGUCCUUGCGACCCUCGCCGCCGCCCAGGUCAACCAGGCCGACCUUGCCGGUCUCGAGGCCAACUUCAAGGGUGCCCUCCUCGACCCCAUCCUCCCCAAGUUCUCGCCCCAGGGCAUCAUCACCGGCUCGUGGCCCCCCAACACGACCCUCACCCCCGGCACCAACGUCCCCCAGGCCGCCGCCAACAACUUCCCCGAGCUCUCGGUCGCCCCCUCGGGCGAGGCUACCGCCUUCAACCCCACGGCUUUCUACACCGCCGCCCUCGUUGACGCCGGCAACGUCAACACCAACCUCUCGGGCCCCACCCAGACCCUCCACUGGCUCAUCAACUCGCUCCACGUCAACACCACGACGUCGCCCUACAAGCUCAACUACCUGAACGGCACCACCAUUGUCGAGUACGCCGGCCCCGCUCCCCCCUCGGGCGACGGACCCCACCGUUACGUCUUCCUGCUGUUCAACCAGCCCUCCGACUUUGCCGCCCCCGAGGGCCUCAACAACCGCAACACCCCUGUCCAGAACAACUUCGACCUGGCUACGUACCAGACCAACGCCAAGCUCGGCGACGUUGUUGCUGCCAACUACUUUGUCGUUGAGAACGGCGAGGUCAACCCCACCCUCUCCCUGACCGCCACCCAGGCCGUCAACUCGUCGACCAUCUCGGGCUACACUGGCGCCAACCCCGCCGCUACCGCCGUCAACCCCGGCCCCGGCACUGGCCAGGGCCAGAACCAGACUGGUGCCGGCGCCGGUGGCAACCACACUGAGGGUGGUGCUGGUGCCUCUGGCGCGGGCUCGGCUGGUGCCUCCGGCACUGGUGCCCACUCUUCGGGCGCUUCGGCUGCUCCCACCGCUUCGACCAAGCCCUCGUCGGCCGGCAAGAUUGUCCCUGCCCUCGGCCUCGUCGCCCUCCUUGGCGCCGGUGUCGCUGCCCUCUUCUAAGCGCGUCCAACGUGUUACUCCCCCCUUUGACUUGGCUCGUCUGAAAACCAACAUCUUUUUGGACGUGGCAGCCUUCGGUUUCGUAUUCUACGUUGGCGUAUAAUGUUUCCCUGGGUAGCGUUCUAUGCAGCCUAGAUGAUGACG